UAUAGAUUAGCGUUUGUUUUUGGCAGAGCGAGAUAGAUUUGUUGUUGUUUACAUGAAAUUUGUGUACAGUAUUUAAUAAACACUAUGUUUAAAAAUACAUUCCAGAGUGGCUUCUUGUCAAUUUUAUAUAGUAUCGGGAGUAAACCGCUACAGAUAUGGGACAAAAAAGUCAGGAAUGGUCAUAUAAAGAGAAUAACAGAUAAUGACAUUCAAUCUUUAGUUUUGGAAAUAGUGGGUUCUAACGUAAGCACAACGUAUAUAACGUGCCCAGCAGAUCCGAAAAAAACCCUUGGUAUUAAGUUGCCGUUCCUGGUCAUGAUAAUAAAGAAUUUAAAGAAAUAUUUUACAUUUGAAGUUCAGAUUCUGGAUGACAAAAAUGUUCGCAGACGAUUUCGUGCAAGUAACUACCAAUCCACUACUCGUGUUAAGCCUUUUAUUUGCACAAUGCCAAUGCGGCUGGACGAUGGAUGGAACCAAAUACAGUUUAACUUGGCAGAUUUUACUCGCAGAGCUUAUGGGACAAAUUAUAUUGAAACUUUGCGAGUACAGAUUCAUGCAAAUUGUAGAAUAAGGAGAGUUUAUUUCUCAGACAGAUUAUAUUCUGAGGAUGAACUGCCAGCAGAAUUCAAAUUAUUUCUCCCAAUACAAAAUAAAGCAAAGGCAUAGUGUUGCAACAACAUGGGUUGGCAGAAAUGGAUAAAUGGUUUUGUAGACAUGUGUCAUUGAUACACAGAUGUUCUUAAUGGAUCCUCAGAUAAUCAUUCUUAUUCAAGAUCAUAAUUCAUCAUUACAUAAGUGACGUAUGUCAUUCUCACAGUAUUUCUCUGUUACGUGUACUGUAUAACAGUAACAACUCUCACAAACACUUGCCGAAAAGUAACAGUUAUGAAGAAAUAAACAAAUGUAUGCUUGUUAAUUAUGAAGUCUUAGUUGGUGCACAGACACAUACAAAAGAUGUUCUUUAGUUUCUGAAUUUAUUUUCGUCAGGACAAGUUGUGUUAUUGGAUCAGAGAGUGAUCUUGAAUGUGUGUGUUUUAGCACUUGACACUAAUCCCUUCCUUUUGGUGAAAACAUCAAUAAGCGUACAAACCAAAGAACAUUGAUGUUAUUUAAUAUCAGCGGCUUUUCGCAAAUAAGUUUAAUACUGUUCUCAACAUUUCAUAUUUGGAUAUUAUCUACCUCAUUUAUACAUAUAGCAGCACAAACUGUAUAAUUGAUCCAGUUUCCAUUACAUUUAAUUUUUGAGAAUUUUAGUAACAUAGAGGCAAUUUAUCACACCAAAACAAAAGAUUAAUAAUGUAAGUAAUAAAAAUGUAAAGAAAGGACAUUAAAUGAUAAAGUAGGCAAUAAGAAAUUCCCUGCUAAGAUUGACACAUGUUGAAUGUAGAUAGUAGACCCACUUGACAAUUUAUUGACUAGAUUUUAUUAUAAUUAUUUGCAUUUAGCAUUAUUUCCUUUUGUUGUGCACAGCUGUUCUCUUGAUAUGUGUAAAUAAAUUGGGUUUUUCAUUUUUUAUUUA